UUUCUUUGAGUGCGUUUAGAGGAGUGGUGGAGUGGAGAACUUGGUGAUUUUGGUGAAUCUAGUGAGCAGUGUGUGGAUUUUGAAUUUGAUUGAUUUGUGUGUAGCUUGUGUAUGUGUGUCUAGAUCAGUGUUUAUUUGGGUGGAGAGUUGCUUGUGUGUGUGUGUGUGUGUGUGUGUGUGUUGUGUUUUAAGUUUACUUGAGUGUGUGAGUACCUUUUUGAGUGUGUGUGUGUGUUGUGUUUUAAGUUUACUUGAGUGUGUGAGUACCUUUUUGAGUGUGUGUGUGUGUGUGUGUGUGUGUGUGUGUGUUGGUAUACCUGUGGGUGACUGUGAGUGCAUCUGUGUGUGUGUGUGUGUGUGUGUGUGUGUGUGCCCAACUGUGUGUGCGAGUGUCUUUUGUGCCCUGUUGGUGCACUAGUUGUAGGUGUUAGAACACCUGUGUGAGGAAAAGUAUUGAGGCCAGCAGUCAGCUUGGCCAUUGUUUGUAAGGUAGCAUUUAUACUCUGUUACCUCCAAUGAGCUCUGGGAGCGAACAGGAGUCAGAAAGGCUCCCAUCUGAGGGCAGCUCUUACACAGAGAGUUUCCAUUCUCAAUAUAUGAUUUUGAAUACCAUCGGCCAUGGAGGCUAUGCCACAGUAAAGCUGGCACUGCACCGCCUCACAGGCACCCCCGUGGCUGUCAAAAUACUUAUCAAGAAGGAACACUGGUGCCAUCCGGUCACAUCUGAGGUAGACAUAAUGAUGAGCAUCCACCACCCAAACAUCAUAUCCCUUUUCCAAGUCAUCGAGACUAAGAAGAAAAUAUACCUCAUCAUGGAGUUGGCCGAGGGGAAACAGCUUUAUCAUCGCAUCCGAGAGGCUGGCCAACUGCAGGAGGAUGAAGCUCGGGGAAUAUUCAGACAAUUAUUAAGUGCUACAGGAUACUGCCACGCCCGGGGCAUUGUUCACAGGGACCUGAAGCCAGACAAUAUCAUGAUAGACACUAGGGGAAGAAUUAAAAUCAUUGAUUUUGGUCUUGCCACUCACGUGAGGCCGGGGCAGAAGCUGAGAUAUCACUGUGGGACUUAUGCAUUUGCUGCUCCUGAGAUGCUCCUCGGGAAAUUGUAUGAGGGCCCCAAGGUCGAUGUGUGGACCCUAGGGGUUGUUUUAUAUUGUAUGACAGUUGGAAGGCUCCCGUUUGAUGAUUCCAACAUACCUCAGCUCCGAUCGCAGGUUGUGUCAGGGAAGUAUGCUGUCCCACCUGGCAUGUCAGGAGAGCUCAAAGACAUGCUUAGUCUUUUGUUGAAAGUGAACCCCCAGCAUAGGCCCACAAUUCCUGACCUUUUGACUCAUCCCUGGCUCAAGACAGGCUCAGAGGGGUUCCCACAACCUUCUGAGGAAUGGAUCCCACUAAGGCCAGACCCGGCAGUUUUACGAGCAAUGGAACAAAUUGGGUUUAAAGCCCAGGAUGUUAAAGAUUCACUCUAUCAGAAUAAAUACAAUCAAACGGUGGCUUGCUACCACUUAUUGGAAAGGCAGGCUCUUCAGGGGUGUGACAACUCAACCCGACCUGGGCCAAUGAAUCCAUGGAUGGCCCCAUUCCCUUCCCUUGAUAACCCUGCUACUUUUCCACAAGAGCUAAGAAGGAGAGGAAGCGAGCCCAGAUGGCUCGGGUCAUCCUCUAAUAGUCAAGGGUCUACCUACGACCAGAAACCUAGUUACGGAUUAGUCAAGAGAGCCAGUUGGCCUGGUGGUCGUCUCUGCAGGCCACUCCUGACAACACCCGCAGUGGACCUAACCAACAGAAUUUCUAGAAGUGUCCCCUGCUUUUCUUCAGUGCACAGCAGGGGUGAGAAGAACAUUAAAAGCACAGAAGACAAAUCCAGUGCUUCAGCAGAGGUCAAUCCUGUCCCUAGCAGGGCCUGGCCCAAAAGAUUUAGGGGAUGGGCCAAGAACAUCGGAAAUGGCCUGAUGCAGCUAUGUUGCUGCUUUCCCUCCAGAAAAAAACCUCACCUGGGGCACAACAGAGUUGUUCCCCAGAAAUGAGGCAUAUGGAGGGAAUCCGGAGAUCAAGCAUCCAGCACUGCCCAGAAGAGCACUAGAGGAUGCCAGAUGCUACAACUCUGCUAUCACAGUGUUGGAUGCUAUGACUCUGCAGUCGCACUGUUGGAGAGGACCCAGGUGUGAACAGGGACCUGGAGAAGGGAGUCCUGUGCCAGAUGUCAUGCUCCAGGUCUGCUGUGCUUCCCUCAGAGCCCUGAGUACAGACAGGAGGAAGGAAGCAAAUGAAGAGAUGCCAGGGGGCAGGAGAGCACCUCAAAGGCAUCACUGUUCAGGGUCAGGGUUGGAAGCCAGUCCAAAGCUGGGAGAAGACCGGAGCCCUUCUGCCUACCCAGGGUCACGUCAGACCCUCUUCUCGGUGCACGUGCCCGCCUCACUCCUAAUAGAGGAUAUAAGGCUUCUUGGUAUUUUGUCUGACUCUCAGAAUAAAAUAGAUGUCUGUGAAAAAA